AUGCACUUCUUCGCCGUCUUCGACGGCCACGGUGGCCCCGAGGUGUCUGCGCUGUGCAGGGACCAUAUGCACGCAAUCCUAGCGGACAAGCUGGCCCGCGCGGCCGCAGCCUACCGAAAGGAGAACCAGCAGGACGAAGAGGCGGAGCAUCGCGCCUGGAAGGCCGCGCUGGCACGAAGCUUCAUGUGGACGGACGAGCUGGGGGCGUCGGGGGUGCCCCGGGGCACCAUAGGUGGGUCCACGGCCGUGGUGGCGCUCUUGGUCCUGGGCCGCAUCAUCGUGGCCAACUGCGGCGACUCCCGCGCCGUGCUCUGCCGCGUCGGCCGUGCUGUCCCGCUCUCCCAGGACCACAGGCUGGACCGACCGGAGGAGAUGGCGCGUGUCACGGCGGCGGGCGGCGUGGUGUUCAACUACGGCGGGGUGCUGCGCGUGCAGGGGAUCCUUGCCAAGACGCGCGCGCUAGGGCACAUGCUCCUCAAGCCUGAAGUGAUAUGUGAGCCAGAAAUUACCAUAACUGCGAGGUCGGAGGAUGAUGAUUUCAUGAUCCUUGCAAGCGAUGGAUUGUGGGAUGUGAUGUCAAACACGGUGGCCUGCAGAGAAACCUUGAAAUGCUUAGAAGAUAAGAGCACCAAUGCUGGCACAAUGGUAGGCCGCGAAGAAGAGGUUCGGUGUGUAUGCGCUACGUUCCACCUCACGGAUCUCGCCUUCCGUAUGCAUAGCCGAGAUGACAUAUGUGUGGUUGUGAUUGAUCUAAAGAUCAGGGGUUAG